GUCACAUCCUUAGCGGCGAGUUUUUCCCAGUGGAGUUGCCGUAGCAUUUCCGGUGCGAAUGUAGGUUCCUUUUUUUUUUACAAAAGGCGAGGACAAGCUUACCAAUUAAUUUAGUUCAGUUCAAUUUGGCGACUAAUGUAUACUACACGACCAAUUUCCAGGCCAUAAAAAGUAAGGUAUCUGCUGAAUUAGGUGAGAUAAUGUGGGGGUUGGUAUCGCACAAAGUGUUUCCACUACUACAUUGAAAUAUUGUAAUUAUUGCUCUUUUAAUGAGAAUAACAAUGUAGCAUAAUCAAUUUAGACAAUUACAGAGGUGUGACUUAUGCAAUGGGGUCCACUGUCAUAUUACAGCUAAAAAAGUGCCUGAGGACCGCUUUACCUUUCAUUAAUCAAAGAUCUCCAGUUUCCCUUGUGUUGCCUUAUGCCAAACUUCUUCAGUGCUACCGGGGCUUUAACUCCAGCCCUGGAUUGAGACAACCAAGCAACGUCAACACUGGACAAACCAAUGUGCAGGAUGGACUGGAAAAAAGCACCUCGAGGCAGAGGACACGAGAAUUAUGGGACAGAGUCACAGAUGGAAGAGGAAAUAACUGUACUCCAAGAAUACAAAAGGCUUUCAUCCCAAAAUCUGUGUUUGCUGCUGGAACGGCAAAGAAGACCACAGAGAUGCUGAAGAGGAAGGCAGAUUCCUCCUCAGGGGAAGAUCAUCGUCCUGAUGAGCUUGCAAGGAGGGUGACCAGGGUAGAAGGAAAGCUGCCACCUCCUGAUAAGCCACUGUCUGUUGAGGAGUGGAAGAAACUAAAGGAGUCUCUGGGAAGUCCAGCACAAUUCGACAUUCAGAUGUUAUCUGCACUGCUGCACAACAGGGCAGAGUUGGAUAUUGCAAAAUCCCUGCUGACAUUUGUAGCCACGGAAUCAGGAACCCUCUCCUAUAAGUUGCUGCAACGGUACUUGACACUUUGUGUCAAUGGCAAUCAGGACACGGAAGUAUUUGAUGUCUAUGACAUCAUGCGAAUGAGUUUCCCUUCUUUGGAUGCUGGAGCUUGUACUCUUUUCAUUCGGUCUUUCAGCCGCACUGCAAGGUGGAAAGAAGCCCUCAGUAUCCUACAGUACUUAAAGAAAGUCGUUACGCCAUCACCAGCUAAUUAUGGCAACAUAAUUGCUGCAGCAAUGCUAAAUGAUGACCUGAUCACUGCCUGGACUCUUUAUGACGAAUUAAUGGCAAAUGGGCAGAUUCCACAACAAGAGACUUGGAGCUGUUUGUUUAAGAGAGUGUGCAAAGAGGAAGUAAAAACCAUGUCGCCGAGUGAGCAGCAGAAGAGGCUGCUGGGAAUUCUGCUGAACCUGAGAAACAACCAGGUUUACCCGCAGCUGAGCCUUGCCAGCAGCAUCAAGACGUGGUUCGAAAGUAUUCCAGGACAGCACUGGAGAGGAACUUGGAGCAGCGCUACCCCAAAGGGUCUGUGCAAGAGUUGUGGAACCGAGUUAGAAUCCAUUCAGCUGACCGAUGAGGAGUACCAACAGCUGAGAGCCACAGUCAUGACUGCUAUCAUCCAGGGACGAGACGUUUUUAGAAAGACGACACCAGAGGAGUUGGAAAACUUCAAGGCAUUUGUGGGGAUGAAGCCGGCUUUUGAUGUUGUUGUGGAUGGACUAAAUGUGGCGAAUAUCACCAAGGACAGAACCAAAUUGUCAGAGACGUUGUUGGCAGUGGUGUCGGAGCUCAAGCUACAGGGCCUGACCAUUCUGGUUCUGGGGAGGAAACAUAUGCUGAACCCAUCCAGAUCUUGGGACAGACACAACAUGAAACGUAUCCAGCAGAAAGCUCAUUGCUUUUUCACUGACAACAUUUCUGAGGAUGACCCAUUCUUGCUGUACGCCACAUUGCAUUCUGGGAACCACUGUCGUUUUGUGAGUCGGGACCUGAUGAGGGACCACAAGGCUUGUCUGCCGGACGAAGCCACCAGGCGGCUCUUCUUCAAAUGGCAGAGAGGCCAUCAGUUGGUAGUGCAUGGAUACGUUGCAGUGGGAACGAGGGUUCGAUUUCAGAGUAUUACCAGCUAUGACACAAUUAUCCAGACUACAGGAGAGACCUGGCACAUCCCCUAUGAUGAUGACAUAGAGGACAGGAGCUCAUAUGAAAUUCCGCAAAAAUGGCUCUGUCUUACAAAGAGUCUCUGAAUAUGAAAUAAUUUUGGGUUGAGAAAAAAAUUCUUACGAGAAUUCAUCUUAACUGUACUUCUAAAUAAAA